AUGGACAUUGUUCCGGAGACUCCACUUGAGGGGGGCGCCGCCUCCCCUACCUUUCAGAGGGCUUUCUUAGAAUACAAGAGACUCUUUAAACCUGACAUCUUCUGCAAUAUGGAGCCUAGGGUGAGUGGCACUCAUGCAGAUGCUAUUUGUGGUAGGUUGGGUUUUGAUAAUUGGAUUCGAGUUGAAUCUCUAGGCUUUAGUGGCAGUAUUUGGAUUUUCUGGACUGAAUAUAACUUUAGCAUUCAGUUUGUUGAAUCUCAUUCUCAGUUUGUUGCUUGUAAAGUUCUGCCUGGUGUUUCUUGGAACCUUUGCUUUAUUUAUGCUAGCCCCUAUAGCCCAUGCAGACGUAUCUUGUGGACCGACUUGAAGCUUGACUCUGUUGAUUUGAGUGAUGAAUGGAUGGCUUUGGACUCGGCUUUUACUUGGUCCAGGGGUCUGUCUUCUUAUUCCCUCCAAAGGGCUUGGCUUGAUAGAGCCCUCUGCUCCCCUAAUUGGCAAUUUCGUUUUCCACAUGCUUAUGUUACUCAUCCUGACAAAUUUCAUUCGGAUCAUUAUCCUCUGGUGGUUUCUUUGAACAUACAUGUGCACCGUAUGGAGGGUCCUUUUCAUUUUCAGCUUGCAUGGAUGAACCAUGCAAAUUUGGGGAUGAUUGUUGGUAAUGCUUUAAAUUCUUUUACUGACAUUCUCGAUUCUAUUAAGAAUUUGGCUUUGGAUUUAUGCCUUUGGAAUCGAAAUUCUUUUGGUAAUAUCUUCAGCAGAAAGAAACGUAUUUUGGCUCGGAUUGCUGGAAUUCAGAAAACUCUCUCUACUGGUGGUCCGCAACAUUUAUUAAAAUUGGAACUCAAACUAAAAAAGCAGUUGGAGGAUAUUCUAGAACAAGAAGAACUCUUUUGGUUCCAAAAAUCCAAGGAAGAUUGGAUUGUUUCUGGAGAUCGGAAUACUCGGUAUUACCACCUUUUUGCUUUGAUUCGUAAUAAGAAAUCUCUGGUCACUCGGCUAACGGAUGAUAUGGGUAAUUGGAUUGAGGAUUAUGUUCAGCUCCAGGCUCUUGUGAGAGACUUUUACUAUAAUCUUUAUACUCUUGAUAGAGCUUCAGAGUUAAAUAGGGUCAGGUUGGGCCUUCUUACAAGACUCAACGGCACACAUAAUCUCAUUCUUAAUGAGGAUUUUUCUAGGGAUGAGGUUACUGUUGCUCUUAAGUCAAUGGCACCUUUUAAAGCUCCUGGUAAAGACGGUUUCCAGGCCAGGUUUUUUUAG